CGAGAGUGAGAGAUGGCUUUCGCUAUGUCCGCCACCGCCAGCGCCAGCUCCCUGAGCUUCGGCCGCAACGUCGUCGACCAGCGCCUCAAGGUCGCGGCUCCCUCCGCGCGCGUUGUCGCUCCCCGCCCCGCGCUUCAGGUUGAGAACAUGGUGAAGAUCCGUUUCACCCGCCUCGGUCGCAAGAGGACCCCUUUCUACCGCAUCAUCGCGAUCGACUCCCGCAAGCGUCGCGACGGUGCCCCCCUCGAGUACCUCGGCUGGUACGACCCGGUGAAGAAGCAGUCCAACCUCGACGCUCCCGCUAUCAAGGCGUGGCUGGGCAAGGGUGCCCAGCCCUCCGACACCGUCAGGAACCUCCUGAAGAAGUCUCUCAUCAUGGAUUAAAAUAGUCGCCGGCGCGCGCUUUCCGUGAUUGGUUUACCGUGGGUGUAUAGCAGCUAAUUUGCAAAUAAUAGGCAGCUUUGACGAACAGAAA